AUGGAUGAAUAUAAAGUGAAAACACCUUCUAUCAACUGGGAUUCUAGAGACUUAAAAACGGAAUUUAAAAAGUUCAAAACGCACUGUAAUUUUAUGUUUGGUGGACCUUUGAAUUCAAAGUCGGAAGAACAGAAAGUCAAUUAUUUGAUGUUAUGGGUAGGCGAGAAAGGAAGAGAUAUUUAUUCUACAUGGACUCUAAGUAAUGAUGACAAAAAGAAACUGGAACCCCAUUUCACAAAACUAGAAGAAUAUUGUGAACCAAAGUCGAACGUUAUCUAUUCACGAUAUCUGUUGAAAUCAAGAGUACAGAAACAAGAUGAAACUUUUGAACAAUUUGUCACAGAUUUGAAAUUAUUGAUAAGAGAUUGUGGCUACCCAGAAGACAGAUAUGAUGAAACUGUGCGAGAUCACAUAGUGUUUGGAGUAAAAUCGCAUAAAACUUGGGAAAGCUUAAUUAGGAAAGGUUCAGAUUUAAAACUGCAAGACUGUUUGGACAUUGCCAGAACCCAUGAAAUAUCUCAAACACAAGUAAAAGAAAUGGAGUCGGAAGACAAAUCCUUGCAUGGAAUCAAACGAAAACCUUCAGUAUCAAAGAAAAAAACAUUUCAACCAAAACAAUCAGGAGCGAAAUACUUUCAACCAAGGAUAUGCCUUAAAUGUGGAUAUCAGCAUACCACAGCUACGUGCCCUGCUAAUGGAAAAACUUGUAGGAAAUGUAAGAAACCCGGACAUUUUGAGAAAAUGUGUAAAUCAAAAUCCCAGAGGAAAUCUAGAUACGGUAAAGUACACAUGAUGGACAACUUUUCAGAAAGUGACAGUGAUACCAGCGGAGAAUUUGAAUAUAUGGGAAUUUCAACAAGUAACAAAAGUGUAAAUUCUGUUACACAUGACAUGACAGUGCAAGUAAGGGUGAAUGGAAUUUGCAUACCUAUGCAACUGGAUACAGGUGCAAAGUGCAAUGUUAUGAGUGUGAAAAUUUUGAAAAAACUGGGAAUUAAAGGAAAUAUCAAGAAUACAAGGGUUAACUUGAAAUCUUAUAGUGGACACACAAUGAAGCCCAUAGGUAUAGGAUGCCUUCCGAAAAAGCAUCAUAUUGAAAUAGAAAAAGAUGCAAAACCCAUUGUAAACCCGCCGAGAAAUGUGCCAGUAAAACUGCGUUCGAGAGUCAAGGACGAACUCGACAGAAUGCUUGAAGAAGGAAUAAUUGUAAAAGAAAAUGAGCCUACGGACUGGGUAAACAAUAUGGUGACUGUAGUGAAACCGAACGGUUCUCUUAGGAUCUGCUUGGAUCCAUCCGAUUUGAACAAAUGUAUCAAAAGGCCACACUAUCCAUUGAAAACAAUAGAAGAUGUAGUCACAAGAAUUCCAAAUGCCAAAGUAUUCUCGAAGCUUGACUGUGUAUCUUCAUUUUGGCAAGUUGAGCUAGAUGAAGAAAGUUCGAAAUUAUGCACCUUCAACUCGUGCUUUGGAAAAUUUCGAUUUUUGAGAAUGCCAUUCGGAAUAAAAUCAGCCAGUGAGGUAUUUCAAAACGUGAUUUCUGAAAUUCUGGAUGAUAUAGAUGGCGUUGAAGUCAUUAUGGAUGACAUAUUAGUCACAGGCACAAAUACAGAAGAACAUGAUCAAAGACUAAAAGAAGUUUUGCAAAGAUUAGAAGAUAAUAAUCUUAAGCUUAGCAAGGACAAAUGUGACAUAAGGAAAAGCUCUGUGUCAUAUGUUGGACAUACUUUGACAAGUGAUGGAUUAAAACCGGACCCUGAGAAAAUAAGAGCUGUGUUGGACAUAAAACCUCCUCAAAACAAACAACAAGUGAAAACUUUCAUUGGAUUUAUUCAAUACCUAAGUAAAUUUCUUCCAAUGUUAUCGGAGAAAACUGAAAUUCUUCGUAGAAUUCUAAAAACAGAUGUUAUUUUCUAUUGGGGAAAACAAGAAGAUGAAUGUUUGAACGAAUUAAAACGUAUGAUUACCAAUACACCUGUGUUAGCAUACUACGACCCGAAGCUAGACGUUACGUUGCAAUGCGAUAGCAGUUCUAAAGGACUGGGAUGUGCGAUCCUCCAACGUGGCAAGCCGUUAGCAUUUGCAAGUUGUGCUCUAACAAAAACACAAAUGAAUUACAGUCAGUUGGAAAAAGAAUGCUUUCGAUAG